UAUUUGACUUGUUUUCGUCAAAAAACAUAAUUACAAAAUUUUUCAAAUAAACCAUUGAUACUAUUUAUGAUUGGAACUUACAUUAGAUAAAUGAACGCAGUGUGAUUACAGACUAUAUUUAUAUAGUUGUGGUGCGAUGGUAAUAACCAGAAAUAUUAGCUCGCUGAUAAAAUGAUAGUUGAUAUCUGUUAAUAAUUUGAAAUAAACAUUGACUACACAGGAAAAUUGCAUUAGAAUAUGAUGUUAAAAAUCAAAAUCUUAAUUCCAGACAUUAUUUUGUGUUCCAAGAACUUUUUCCCAAUACUAAUUAUGAUUUAAAAAUAUUUUUUCAAACUUAUUUUUUUUUUCAUAAAUUAAUGUAAUGGACCAAACACAAGUUUUACAAGAACUCGAAGCAGCUAGUAGAGUUAUGCUAGCAUCACCUUUAUUUGUGUCUAAUGAACAGCGAAAUGCUGCUGAACAAGUAUUCAUAGGUUUUCGCAAAACAAGUAUGCCUUACUCUAUUUGCCGUUACAUACUUGAUUGCAGUAAAGUUGAUUUUGUUUUAUUUGAGACCAUGGGUACAUUAAGAGAUGCACUUAUAAGAGAUUGGAUGCUGUUAUCUCAAGAACAAAAGAAUGAACUCCAGCAAUAUUUAUUUCAAUUUAUUAUGAAGGAUGAUCAUAUUGCUCCUUUUGUGAGGGAAAGAAUAUUACAAGUUAUUGCAAUUAUGAUAAAACGAGGAAGCGUGGAUGAUAAAGGUGAAGAAAGAGGCAAAAUUUUAGAUGAAGUAGAAAAGUUAAUAUUUAACGGUGAUCAAAAGAAGCAGCAAAUUUUGGGAUGUUCUAUAAUUUUAGCUUUAAUGCAAGAAUACUCCACCACAGUAAAAUCUACUGAUGUAGGUCUCUCUUGGGAAUCACAUUAUGCUGCUAAAAAAGAGUUUGAGGCAAAUGACUUGAGACGUAUAUUUGUAUUCAGUACUCAAGCAUUAAAUGAAAUAAAAAAUCUUCCACAAUCUUUAUCUCAAGAAACUUUGACUGUUCUAAAACAUUUAUUAAAUAUUUCUGAAAAUGUUUUGGUCUGGGGAUUUAUUUCUGCAAAUAUGCCUAAGCGUUUAGUUGGAAUGUUUGAAGUAAUUUAUAAUUCAGAAAACAGUCCUUCUUUAAAAUUGGGAUCAGAAUGGAGAGACGUAAUUAUAAACCCCAAUACUGUCAAUUUGUACUUCCACAUUUACUGGUUGGUUCGAAACAAUCCACAAUUUUCCCAUCAUUGUAUGAAUUGCCUUGUUCAGUUAUCAUCAAUAAGUGGUAAUAUAUGGGUUGAUAUGAAUGAGCGUAUGAAAUAUAUGAAAAACUAUCUAGACAAUUUUAUUAAUUUAGUAUCUACAGUAAAAAUUUUAGAUAGAGAAUCGAUUGGUAUUUCUACUAUUAUCAAACGUAUUAUUAGUGGUUAUCCUCCUUCAGUUUUCAGCCAAUUUCCAUCAGAUCUUGUUAAAAAGUUCUUAGAAAAUGUUACUAUUCUAACUUGUCAGUUUGUUGAAGGGGCAGCUAAUGAAGAAAAACUUUGUCAAGAUGAUCAAAUGUUUUUUGAAGCAUUUAAUAAUAUAUUACGUCCUUGGGUAUCUAUAAUCUCAAAUAGCAAUCAAGCUUUCCCUGAAGAUAUUUGUAAAAAUGCAUCUAUUCAAAUUUUAAAUACUUAUUUAAAAUGUCAUAUUUCACCUCCAAAUGGUAUAAAAACUUUUGUUGAUGUUGAGUUUAAUAUAAAUGAAGAAGAUGAUAAAGUAGCCUUUAAAGAACAGCUUCAAUACAUAGGAAUUUUUGGAAGAUUAAUUCCAGAGCAUACAUUACCACUUCUGGUUAAUCUAUUAGAAAAUCGAAUCAAAGAUUUAAGAACUGCUAUAGAACAUAUACAUAGUAGUGGCAGUAAUAACUGGUCAGAAUCAUUUCAACAACAUAUUGAUUCCAUUCAUGAAGAUAUGCAUUGGAUGUUUUUAAUUGCUGGACAUGUCCUCACUGUGGAUAGUGAAGGUGAACCUAGUAUGAUUCCUUCAGAAAUUAUGCAUUAUAGCAUUAGACAAAGCAAGAAGAUUAAUAUAGAUUUAUCUAUUAAAUAUCUUAUGAGUCAAAUGUUAGUAAUGGAUGUUCCUGGAUCAGAAGAAGCUGUAGAUGAUGUUAUCAAGUUAGUGUCUAUUGCAUUUCAUUUAUCAGAAUUAGAAAUGAAGCUUGUAGAAGCAAAAAUGGAAAUGCUUUGUAGUCCACUAUUAAGUGGAACUAUUGUGUGGUUUUUACGAGAAUUUUCUCAAGCUUAUUUAAUGCCAAAUGAAACAUAUUAUAGUGAGUUAAGUAUGUCAUUACUUAAAGCAUUUGGUCAAAAUACAGACACAGCUUAUUGGAUACUGAAUUAUUUGCUUUGUAAAGUUGAAUAUAAUAUAAGAUCACCUUUGUAUGUUGAUGUAAAUUUAGUUGAAGAUACAAUUGGCUUAUUAAUUUCGUUGGUUGAUAUUAGACAUAAAGCUGAAAUAGUUAUAAAUUGCGAAGGUUUUGGAAAACUUUUUCAAUUGCAAGAAAGUAUCCAUAAAAAUCAAUUGGUACCUGAAGUUAAACGUGGGUUGUUUAAAGCAUUUUGUUUAGUAGGAGAUGCAUUUAACAAUGAAGAAAAACAAUAUGAAUAUUGGAUGCGAGUUUUAAAUCCAACACUUGAUAAGUUUAAAAAAAUAAUAACCAAUGACCAGUUUAGAAAAAUUUUUAAUGAAGAUGAAAUUAGAUUGGAGAUAAUGGAUAUUUUACACAAAUUUAUAGGAGUAGCUAGUGGAGCAGCAAUAAAUACUACACAAACAAUUUUUUCAAUUUUGUAUCCAGUGCUAAAUGAUUUUUCAUCCCUGAUUGGCUUAUAUCAUAAUUACCAACUAAUAGUUCAUUUAAUUCUUGAACUAUUUUGUGAAUUUUCCAAGAAAAUGUUAUGUUUUCUUAGAGUGGAAGAUAGUGAUAAGUUUUAUUCGUCUUGCUAUCAAUUAGUGGAUAUGUAUGCUCGUUUCAAUAUUAAUCGUGUUUCUUUAGAUUCUGAUGCUGAAGAUCAGAGUUACCAAGAUCUUUACAUAUUUUUAGAUCUUCUUACUCAUAUGAUGUCAAAAGAAGUUUUAGAUCUUAGUUCUGAUGGAAAAAGCUCUAAUGGAAAAACAGCUGGAGAUGUCUGUGUUUAUGGACUUCAAGUUAUUUUACCUUUAAUGACAAUUGAUUUAUUAAAGUUCCCAUCAUUAUGUUCUCGCUACUAUAGAUAUAUUGGUUUUAUGUGUGAAAUGGUACCUGAUAAAUUAUGUAUUGAUAAUGUAGAGAUUUUUAAAAGUGUGUUAACUACAACUGAAUUAGGAUUAACAAUGUUUGGACCAGAAAUUACCUCAAUGAGUGCUGAUUUUCUACAAGCAUCUGCUUCAUAUUUGUAUGGCAAGGAAAACUCUACAUCGUAUGAAGCUUAUGGAUUACUUAAACCUUUUUUAAAAAUUUUAAUGGAACUUAUUGUUUCCUGUCAAAUUAGUUCUGAUACAUUGUCUAAUACUGGUCAUGUACUUUACAUAUUGAUAUGUUGUUACCCAGAAGAAUUUCAAGAGAUAUCAAUGCAAUUAAUUAAUAAUCAUAACAAUGUGUUAAUAUCAGAAAGAUUGAGAAAUGCAUUUGCAUCUCUAACCUAUAAUAUUGAAUUUAAUGGACAGCGAAUUAUGAAGUGCCGCUUUAAAGAAAAUUUUGACAACUUUUUAACUAAUGUACAUGGAUUCUUAUUUGUUAAAUAAUAUAUUAUGUUUAACAACUCUAUUAUUGUUAAUAAAAACUUGUAUUAUGAACUAUCUUGUAAAAAUAGUUAAAAAAAAAACUUUUAAUGAAAUAGUAGAAAAUGAUUUUUAAAUUUUAAUUGUCAAAAACUGUGAAUUUAAAUAAAUUGUUAAAACUGCUUUUUUUAAUAAUGAAAAAAUUCAUACAUUUUUGUCUGUAUCUUAUUAUUUAAAAAUCUGUCAAAACAUUUUGUAAUCAACUUUGACAAUUUUUAAAAAUAUUAUUUUUAUUGACUUGGUAACACCAAAUUUUAAUUCCGUCACUCAAUAAACUGGGAAAUCUAAACGGUAUUCAGUUGACUAAAGUUAUUAGAAGACAACACAGCAAAAUAGUCCCAUUGAAAAACAACUUCAAUAAACACCGUAUUGCAUUCUACAAUCAAACAGUAUACACAACCAGAAAUUUACAGUAAUUAUUUCAAUAAUAUAAAGGAUAAGUACAAAAACUACCAAGAAAUAUACACGGACGUUUCAAAAGACGAAAGAGAAGUAGAAUUUUCUAUUAUAAAAAAUGAAUCAAAAUACAUGAAUAAACUAUCAAAUAAAUGUUCAAUACAUUCCGCUGAAGCUACAGCUUAUUACACGAUAAUUGUCAUUAUUAAUAACACAGAAAAUAACAAGUCUAUCAUACUAAGCGACUCGCUAAGCAUUAUCAAAAAAUUUACAAAACAAUUUCAACCUUGUCAAAAUUUGGACAAAAACAAUAAAGCAAAUAGAAAACUAAAAAAAGAAAAUGAUAUAAUAAUAGUUUGGGUACCAGUUUCAUGUCGGAAUAAAAAGCACGAAAUAGCUGAUGAAUAUACAAAAAAAACUAUAGAAAACACGGGAUCAAACAAUAUAGACAUCAUGACGUAAAAUGACAUAAAAAAAUAUAUCAAAUACGAUACCAUACAAAACGGGCAAAAUAAUUGGAAAAUUAAAAUAACAAAAUCGUUGAAAUAAAGAGUACUACAAUUAGAUAGCCCAGAAACACAACCACUAGUAUUAGUAAUGGAAAAAUUAAUAAAAUCCGCAUCAGACAUACACGGCAAAAUUAUGGUUUUCUAAUAGAAACCUUUAAUAUGUUCAAAGUAUACCUUUAUCGAUCAUACAUAUUUUUAAAGAUUGUAGAAAAUGCGAAGAGGCCAGAAAACUGUUCAAAAUAAGGCAACACCUAGCUGAGAGCCGCGGACCACACCCAGAAGAUGAAAUUAAAUUUUUUAAAUGUACAGAUUUUUAAAUAUAGUUUUAAUUAUUCAAUAAUAAA